AUGGCAACUCAUAAGAAAAAGCAAAGAGUAUAAUAUAUAUAGAUAGCAAAAGCUGUAGAAGCAGUUAUUUCUAAUGAUCCUUACUUUCAUUAUACGACUGAAGAUACUACAAUCCUACUUGAAGCAGUAAAAAUAAAUUAGAAUAAUUGGACACUUUUACAUUUAGCUGUAUGGCUGAAUAAGGAAAUUGCAAUUAAAAAAAUUUUGGAAUUAAAGCCCAAUAUUGAGGCUCUAGAUUCUAAUGGAGAAACUGCGCUACAUUUAGCCGAAAUUUCCCAAAAUGAUGAUAUAUAUAAACUAUUAAAAGUUGUUGGUGCAAACGAUACAAUUAAAAGUAAAUAUGGUAAAGGAAGCUCUUCGAACGGGAAAUUAAUUGAGAUUGAUCUCUGCAAUGAACAAGCAAAAAAGAUUGAAGUGCCUUCAAUGGUAAGUACAGUUAAAUCAACUGUUUCAGCUAAAAAUGAAAUAUUCUUAAGUUCUGAAACAGAUGAGCUGAAUUUCGAAAAAGUUGAAUUUUUAUAA